AUGGCAGGCUUAGUUCUUAGUGAUGAAUAUUGUUACUUCAAUUCACCGUGUGUUUAUGAAUUAUUUUCAUCAAAAACUGCUUACGAUAGUGUAAGGGGUGAUAUAAGGAAUGCAAAAGUAUUACCUGGUUGUAAGCCAGUCGGAGUAUGGUCGCUUAUCAGGCAUGGCAACCGCAACCCAGGUGACUCGGUAACUAAAAAUAUGAAGACACUAUAUGAGAAGCUGGUUGUAGAAAUAAAAAAACAAUUUGAAGAGAAAACCAACGUUCAUUGUAUACAGGAUAUCGAGAACUGUGCUACAUCUGGGUGGAAUUCCACUUUAGAAGUCGCCACUAAAGACCUCACAGGAAUAGGUUACAAAGAGAUUUUUGAUAUAGGAAAGCGGAUCCGACAAACAUUUACCGACGUUUUAAGUUUCUCAAACAACAGCUUUUACUUUAGAUCUACAAAUGAACAAAGAACUAUUACUAGUACGAUCGCUUUCGUUCACGGCCUUACUGAUGAGAGUAGCCUAAAUCUAGAUAACAACAUUGAUAAACCUUGGGACCAGGAUGAUGUCAUACGACCAUACGAAAAUUGUACCAUCUACCAAAAGGACGUGAAAACUGGUCAAGUACUCGAUGAUGAGAUAGCCGCUUAUUAUUCAAGCGCUGAAUUAUUAGCAGUCAGGGAUAGAGUCCAAAAACGUUUAAACAUAAAUUAUCAAAUAACUGCUGAGGAACUUUACUACUUAUACGAAUAUUGUCGUUUUCAUCGAACUUGGUCCCCUAAUCUCCGAGACCCGUGGUGUGCAUUCUUCCUACAAGAGGACCUCGAAGUGCUGGAGUACAGAGAUGACGUACGUCAUUAUUAUAGAAAUGGCUAUGGAUCAAAGAUAAAUAUCAACUUAGGAAGUGCGGUUUUAAAAGAUUUGUUUGACAACUUUGAUACUCUCACUUCUACUGGGGGAGAGAAGUUUAUCGCCUAUUUCACACAUGACACGAUGAUUGAAAUGACGAUAUGUGCUCUUGGACUAUAUAAAGAUUCGAAACCACUACGAGGAUCGUUUAGAGAUGUGAACAGAUUAUGGCGAACCAGUCUUAUGAGUUCUUUUUCUGCGAACAUCAUAGCUGUUUUGUAUAGAUGCAACGAAUCAAACGAAACACAUCGAGUUCAAUUCUUUUUGAAUGAGAAAAAUACUAAUAUUUGUCCUGAAGAUGGCUGCACUUGGGAGCAAUUCGUGAACAAGUUCCAGGUUUACUCAAACUCCAGCAUUGAGAUCUGCUCUGAUAACGAGUACGCUUUUCACCAAACGAACAGUGGUUACAUACAUACAUAUUUUACAAUGAAGCUAUUAAUAUUAUUGUCGAUAUUAGUUAGUUUUAGAUUU